GGGGGUGGGGUGGGCUGGAGAGAAGAAAGAAGGAAGUGAUUGAGGGGACUGCAGCUGGGAAGGCGGCGACCGAGGGGAGGGGACCGGGUGGCGUCCACAUUUCGCGGGUUCCGGAAGGUGACGUGCCCGCCCCCCGCUGAUUGGAGCCCUCCGGACCUUCCUCGCCCGACUGGCAGCCCAGUGGUAUAAAGCUUCCUCUGAGCUGGGCCCCCUCCGGAAACGUGAUCCAGGGAGGGUCGCGCCUCGCCGCCUGAGAAGCCAUGACCGGCCGGGACGCGCUUUCCGACGGGCGCGCCAGGAGCAGGGCCCUGGUGCCUGGCGGCUCCCCCACGGGCUCGCGUCCCCGGGGCUUCGCCAUCACGGACCUGCUGGGCUUGGAGGCCGAGCUGCCGGCGCCCGCUGGCCCCGGGCCGGGAUCUGGCUGCGAGGGCCCAGCGGCCGCGCUGUGCUCGGGCCCUGGGCUCAGCGGCUCCAGCGCGGCGCGCGGGGCCCUCCCGCUGGGGCUCAGCCUCCUCUGUGGCUUCGGCGCGCAGCCGCCCGCUGCGGCUCGGACGCCCUGCCUGCUUCUAGCCGACGUGCCGUUCCUGCCGCCCGGGGGCCCUGAGCCCGCUGCCUCGCAGGCUCCCAGCCGCCCGCCGCCCGCGCUCGGCCGCCAGAAGCGCAGCGAGAGCGUCUCGACGUCCGAUGAGGACAGCCCGUCUGAAGAUAGGAGUGACCUGAAGGCAUCCCCUACCCUGGGCAAGAGGAAGAAGCGGCGGCACAGGACAGUUUUCACUACCCAUCAGCUGGAAGAGCUGGAGAAGGCAUUCAGCGAAGCCCACUACCCUGACGUGUAUGCCCGGGAAAUGCUGGCUGUGAAAACUGAGCUCCCCGAGGACCGGAUACAGGUCUGGUUUCAAAACCGCAGGGCCAAGUGGCGCAAGCGGGAGAAGCGCUGGGGCGGCAGCAGCGUGAUGGCCGAGUACGGGCUGUACGGGGCCAUGGUGCGCCACUGCAUCCCGCUGCCCGACUCCGUGCUCAACUCCGACGACGGCCUGCGUGGCGCCUGCGCGCCCUGGCUGCUGGGAAUGCAUAAAAAAUCCACAGGGAUGAUAAGGAAGCCAGGAAGUGAAGACAAGUUGGCAGGACUCUGGGGCUCUGACCACCUCAAAGAAGGUUCUAGUCAGAGUCGGGCAGGAUCCCAGAGAGGCUCAGACAAUGCAAGCCCUGAGAAUGGCAUGGAAGACGUGGCGAUUGAUCUCUCCAGCUCUGCCCGGCAGGGGACGAAGAAAGUGCACCAGGAGGCGGGUGCCCAAGACUGCUCCAGCUCCUCCUCACGGCUGGAGGGCAUCCAGCCCGGGAAAGUGGGAGCCUUAUGAAACCCACAGCUCCUACUAUUAAAGGCUGAAAAUGUGCAUAUUUCUCACCAGCAUUUUUCAAAUGACAAGAAUGGUCCAAGACAAAUACUCUCAGUUCUAUUUUCUUCUUACAAUGUCAGGAUAAAAUGCAAUGCCACUUGCUUUAAGAGGACUAAUGGGUGACUUAGGGAAAAUUCCAUUUUGUUCUAGAAUGGAAACCAUUCCUUAAAGGCACUUGAACCAGUUGAAUUGGUAUAAAAUUUUGAUUCUGUUUUGUAGAACUUGAGCAGAGAGGAUCUAAAGUUCAAAAAGCAUUUUUACUGCUGCGCACCAUUUGAGAUGUGAUUCAAUACACUGUGUAGAGUAAUAGGUUAGAUCUGAUGUCCCUACUCUGAAUUAGAAAAUAAAAAAUUAUUUAACCUCCAGGAGAAUCAGAUGUCUUUAUAGUGAAGACUCCAUCUGGACAGAUGAAUGAAUUAUAGUAUCUUCACCUUGAACUUGGCCUUGGACAUUUCAAUUUUCUUGUUAGGCAAUAAUUUUGUGUUUCCUUGAGUGUCAUUUAAUGGGCUAUGCAUAUUGGAAUUCAUAAACAAACAACAAAGAAAGCCAUAUGCUUCCCUUCCCUUCUGAAAUAGCUUGGAAUCCUAUUAAAACAAUUGUUGGAUAUCUGGAAACAGUGUUUUAAAGUCAGACCAGGCUGCUUGGUCUCUUAAAAUUUAUGUUUGAAAGCACUUUAGUGACUUGGACUUUGUGAAUGCUUCCUUUCUUGUAUUUCCUUUGCCAUUUAUUAUAUUAUUUAAAAAUAAAUAUUUUGUGGUGUGUUGGCUGCUCUAGGCAAUCCUUCUAUUACACA